AUGGGCUCUUCUUUUGAUUUGGUAGCGAGUUUCUCGCAUGACUCCACACGCUUUGCAUUUCAAGCAAGUGUUGCACAAAAGAAUAACGUUGAUAUAUAUCCUCUUGAUGAGACUAAGGAUUAUGUUGUGAACAGCUCCUUAGUGAACCAUAUUGAUUAUGAGACAAACGACAUGAAAGUUUCUGAUGUGGUCUUCUUUGGAUGGUGCAGUGACUUGGUGGAUACACAAUCAUUGAACAUCAAGAGAAAAUUAGAUGAAGAUGAAGAGAGUACUGAAUCCACCGGCCAAAGAUACGAAAACUUUUUUGUAAAUGGAUUCCCUGAUGGGAAAGUCGUUGUUUAUUCUUCCAAUGGUAAAGAUAUUGUUAACAUCAUCAAGAGUAAGAAGGAAAUUUUGGGUGCAGACACAGACGAAUCUAAUAUUUGGAUUUUGGACAGUGAUAAAGUAGUCAAGAAACUACAAUACAAUAACUCCAAACCAAUUAAGACUUUCACUCUGGUUGAUGGUAAGGAAGAUGACAUAGUUCAUUUCCAAAUCUUACAUCAAAACGGUACCUUAGUAGUAUGCGUUAUCACCGAGCAAAUGGUUUAUAUCGUCGACCCAACAAAGAGAAGACCCUCUACGAAAUACAAGUUUGAAGUACCAGGUGCUGUCACAUGCGAAUUUUCCUCGGAUGGCAAAUAUUUGUUAAUUGCGGAUAGAGAAAAAUUAGCUGCUUAUGAUUUGAGCGGUGAUUCAAACCCUGCUCAAGUAUGGUCUGUUCAAGUGAAAAAAUUAAGGAUUUUUAGUGACUUGAUAAUGGCUUUAACCGCUGACGGGAAGAUGCAUUUUUUCAAAAUUAGUGAGGCCGAUAGGAUUUGCUCUAUAAAUGUCAACGAAGACUUAGAAAUCAUUGAUUUUACACCUAUAAGCAAGAAGCAAAAAAUCUUAAUAUCUUGGUUGAAUGUCAAUGAACCCAACUUUGAAUCCAUUUCCUUGAAUGAAAUCACUACUAAGAAAAAUAUUACCAUCAAUGAAGGAAAAGAAACCAAGCUUGAUGAAUCAGAACUAAAACAACCAGAAGUAGAGAAAAUUGAGCCAGAAGCACAAGAUGAGAAGGCGAAAACCGAAACCAAGAUAAACAGGAAAGUUAGUAAAUCAGAACAAGCAGAAAUCUCCAAUAUUCUUUUGUCUCAUUUAGAAUCUAACUCAACAGAAUUAUUGGACGAUCUGGCUUCCGAAAGCUGGACAGAAUCUGAAAUCAAAAAGUUCAUUCUUACAAAGAUUAAUUCAUUGGACCAUUUGAGCAGAAUAUUUUCAACAGUAUCAGAGCCAAUAACACAGAAUCCAUGGAAUGAGCAACGUCUGCUUCCGUUGUGGCUUAAAUGGUUACUGACUUUGAAGAGUGGAGAACUGAAUUCCAUAAAUGACAAGCAUACAAAGAAAAACCAUAAACAUUUAAAAUCAGCAUUAAGAUCUUCAGAGGAAAUUUUACCUGUUUUACUUGGGAUACAAGGUAGACUGGAAAUGUUAAGGAGGCAAGCAAAGCUAAGAGAAGACCUUGCACAAUUGACCAUGCAAAAUCAAGACGGCGAAGAUGAGGAAAUAGAAGUUAUAGAGCAUUCAAACGUAAUUAAUAAUCCUUUGCAGGAUCAAACAUCAUCUGUUAAAAAGCCUGAACAAGACUCGAUCGUUUAUGCCAACGGAGAGAGUGACGAAUUUGUCGAUGCAUCUGAAUAUAGAGAUUGA